CUUGUGGUGCUCCCUUAUAAACAGUUGUAAGUCCCCCCCGCCCCAACCCUCUCCCCGGGAGUCCCGGUUGGCAUCUUGACGUCCUCCGAACAAACGAACUACACCAUUCUCUUACCGUUACGACUCACAACAGAAGAAAACAGAAAAGCAGCUCCCCAUGUUCGCCUCCAUCAUCCUGACUUCCCUUGUUGCCGCAGGCAGCGCCCGCGCCGCCAUAGCGCAAGGCAGCUGGGGCAUUCGUGCCGACUUCUCGCGAUGCGACAGCGGGACCCCGCUCGAGGUCGUCCUCGACGGCGCAAACGGCCCGGCUUCGCCGGACUACACGCCAGCCCCCGGCAUCGUCGACUUCAAGAUCUCGUCGCCCUUUGACGGCACCCUCGUCAUCAAGGUCGCCGGCGCGGUGGGCUUCGGCUCGCCGUACCCGCCGCAGCAGGUCGGCGUCCACGUCUUCGCCGAGCCGACGGCCGGCGACCCGGGCGUCUGGGCCAACGCGACGGUGACGCCCGGGCUGGGGCACCCGGCGCCCAUCUCGCAGAUCUCGUGGAACACGCGGAGCGACGUCACGGUCGCGCCCGUCGACGGCGAGGUCGUGUCGUUGGAGACCAUCUUCAACGGAGGCAGCUUGGAGGUUUUCUACUGCGGCGUUCCCGAGGGUGUGCGACCUAUCGCGUAGAGAGGUUAUCGUGAAACGAUCCGGCGUUGUUGGUAUAGGUGGAGGAAUAUGUGUUGCCGUAGGCAAGAAGAAUUACCUUAAGUAUUCACAUUUACUAGCAUACGCCUGAUAUACUCUGCAGCAACGACACAAUGAAACUA